CUCCGAAUUAUUGGACUUUAAAUACUACAAGCCCAACGUGGAGGGAAUCAAAGACAAAGCAGAGGAUAUACUGAAGGAACAGAAGAAGGAAAAUCCUGGUGGAAUUCCCUACAUCAUAUCGGCAGCUAAGACCUAUCCUGGAAAGUUCCUACUUUCGUAUAUAUCUGCCGCGUACUCGCUGUCGCCACGAGUUUGUUACAGUGACAUCCGAGGGCUUCAGAUUUUGAGCGCAGAUGUUCGGUAGGGUGAGCGAUCUACUACGCUGGUUCAAGGAACACUUUAGGGAUCCCGUCCCUGGACAAUCCACUCCGAGUACACCACGCGGCGCGAUGACUUCUAGGACACCUUACACUACUACGCCAGGAACAGUUAGCGGAAUGAAUCAAGAAGCAAUACAGCGAGUUGCACAAAACCUCCCACAUCACAUGUUGCACUCGCUAUCGCAAGUGGCAAAUCAGACGCCGCAUCACUAUCCGCCACACACACCCGGAGCGGCUAGCGCUACCGGCUACGGCGGAGUACACACGUAUCCCAACACGCCGUAUACGCCGUCUGGCCAAACUCCGUUUAUGACCCCGUACCAGACGCCUCAUCACACUCCGCAUCAUGGCCAGCCUACUCCCAGAUACGGCCAACAAACCCCUAGCCAUCAUCAAGGGCCCUUCGUGCACCCGCCGCCGCCCUCGAUGACACCCAGCCAUCACAGGUCUGCUCAAUCGCACAGACCUACACCACCUCUGUCCACUCCUUCCGGCGACCCGACGGAUUGGAAGAAGGCCGCCGAGGAUUGGGCAGCACGUAUAAAAAGCGGUUCGCGAGUCUCCGGAUCGACGCCCAGGUACGAGGAGUCUAGAAGAACUCCACGUAACUAUGACGAGCCGGUCGGCAGAACAACGCCCUCCGGAAGGAGCAGACCUUCGUCUACGCGUACUCCGUCGUACAGAUCUCUGCAAGGCACCCCACAUACAAAUUCUAGUCCACGAAGUUCCUGCCAACGUUGGAUCAUCACCGCUACUACUCAAGGAUCUCCGCUUCACUGCUCCGAGGGACUUAGCCGCUCAAGGAACUCCGUUUCAUUGACGCCGAGGGACUUCGUGGGAUCACCGCCGAUGGACCAGGAAGUUGUUCACAGAUCUUCGUUGUUCACAAAAUGGCUGACACGCAUGUCGCUGGGUACAAGUACCGUACGCUUCGCCUCCACUCUUCACAAUCGGUGA